AUGCAUGACAUGUUCAUCUCUCCGGCGGGAGGUGAGCCCAGUGCAGUCUUGCAUGCCCCUGCCACUUCUGGACAGUGCCUGCAGAGGAAGCGAAAGUUGGACCAGACCGGCAGUGGUUACACCGGCCCUGCGUCCGGUUACACAGUGACUGCUACAGCAGUACCCUCCCAGACUAUAGCUGCCAAACAUCUUUCUCAUCAGGUGAGGAUCACAUGUAGAUUUGACUCUGGCUUCAUAGCCCACAUGACAGGUAACCAUGCCCCUACAGCAAAAUUGGAGAAACUCAUUAUUGGGGAUAUGUCCCUGGACUAUGUCAAGGAGUUCUAUUACGAGAGUGACACGAUCAGUACUGCAGCAGGCUCGGCCACCACCUACCCGCACCACCAGCCAGUGCAGCAACAACGUGCAUCCACUAUCAAACUCUUAGAUCCAUAUCAAAAGUGCUCCACAAAGCGCAAGUGCUUUGACCACAAUGGUCACAGUGGAAGCAGCUCAGGCGUAGAGAACGGGAAAGUGGGGGCUCCAGGCGGUGCCCCGGCCACAACAGCCAAGACGGUGGCCCACGGCAAGGUGGCCCUGGGUGGCGGCCAAAACAAUGCCACCAAGGGCGGAAACUCAUCUGCUGCAGAUGGAGACUAUCAGUUGGUGCAGCAUGAGGUACUUUAUUCACUUACUGCACAGUAUGAGGUAUUGGAAUUCUUGGGGAGAGGCACAUUUGGCCAGGUGGUCAAGUGCUGGAAGAAGGGCACCAAUGACAUCGUGGCAAUCAAAAUCCUCAAGAACCACCCCUCCUAUGCCAGGCAGGGCCAGAUUGAGAACAAUGUUUAA